AUGCGGGCUACACGCGCAGUUGCAUUGUCGUCUCUGUCGUCACUGGCGUCGCUGUUUGUCGUCAUCUGCCUGCGCUUUAGCCUGGCCAGCUCCAAUUACAAUUCGGUAUAUAACGAUGCGAUAACGCCCGAGCUAAAGCAGGCCAUUAGCAAGGACUUGCCUAAGCAGGCCAAAUUCUUCGACGAACUAGACUUGAUCCCACAAUCGUGCCGCUUUCGUGGCCACAAAUUCGAGUGCGGGCUGUCCAUCUCCUGCGUCUUGGGCGGCGGCAAGCCGCUUGAUCUCUGCUCCGGCGGCAUGAUUUGGUCAUGCUGCGUGGACAAAGACCUCGACGCAGAGGACAAUGCAGGGCAUGCGGCGCCGGUGAACAAUACAAGUGACAUAAUACACUUGCAUGACAUUUAUCCCGACUUGGCGCCGAAUGCCAACAAGCAUCAUCAUCAUCAUCAUCAACAACAACAUCAGCAAUCGCAGCAGCAACAGCACAUCGGUCUGUCGGCAGCAUCGUCCGUGUCCUCUUCUGCUCGGCCAGCGCCCUCGCACUACAACAAUCAUGCCUACACACAUGGCUCGUCACUAUACACCACGAAGCGACCCCAUUAUAGUGGAACCGGAAAUCCCUACAAGCCCAUUCCAUCUGCGCACAGACCUCCAUCGUCGAGUCUGAAUAGCUGGGAGCAUGAUUCGAAUCAUUUGGGCUUGGGUGGUAUUAAUGGCAUAACGAAUCAUGUGGAUGGUUUCUUCGAUGUCGAUGGGCCAGCCGAGAACGGUCUACCACCUCCAGCACCACCGUCAUCUGCUCACGAUGCACCACAGCCCUUCGCCGUGGGCAAUGUGCUCGAUUUAAAUGCGGGCGAGGCAGCCGAUGAGUACACGAGCAGCGCCUAUCGUCCAGUCCCGGGCUGCGGCGAGGUCUUUGCGCGUUCCAAUCGCAUCGUGGGCGGUCACUCAACGGGCUUUGGCUCACAUCCCUGGCAGGUGGCGCUCAUUAAGAGUGGAUUUCUCACGCGCAAGCUGAGCUGCGGUGGUGCACUGAUAUCCAAUCGCUGGGUGGUUACAGCGGCCCAUUGCGUAGCCACCACCACAAAUUCCAACAUGAAGAUACGUUUGGGAGAGUGGGAUGUGCGCGGUCAAGAGGAGCGUCUGAAUCACGAGGAGUACGGCAUUGAGCGCAAGGAGGUGCAUCCACACUAUAAUCCAGCAGAUUUCAAGAACGAUGUGGCGCUCAUACGCUUGGAUCGCAAUGUGGUGUACAAGCAGCAUAUCAUACCCGUCUGCCUGCCCCCACCAAGCACAAAGUUAACUGGAAAAAUGGCAACAGUAGCGGGCUGGGGACGCACGCGGCAUGGCCAGAGCACAGUUCCUUCGGUGUUGCAGGAAGUCGAUGUUGAGGUCAUAUCGAAUGAUCGGUGCCAGCGCUGGUUUCGUGCAGCCGGCAGACGAGAGGCGAUCCAUGAUGUCUUCCUCUGCGCUGGCUAUAAGGAGGGUGGACGUGAUUCCUGUCAAGGGGAUUCAGGCGGCCCUCUCACGUUGACGCUGGAGGGGCGAAAAACGCUGAUCGGCCUUGUCUCCUGGGGUAUUGGAUGCGGGCGCGAGCACUUGCCCGGCGUCUACACGAAUAUUCAGCGCUUCGUGCCUUGGAUCAACAAGGUCAUGGCCAAUGACAACAAUACGUAG